CUCUCUCUCUCUCUGUUUCUCUCUCUACACUCCCCUACCUAUUCGCCUCCCCCUGCCCCGUCGCCUCCCCUCUCUCUCUCCUCCACUCCCCUCGUCUCCGCCCCCGCCGGAGCCGGUGCGGCGGGACCGCCGCCUCCUCCAGCCCCCCUGUGGGCGGCGGAUCGCCGGAUCCGUCUCCGAUCUGGAGGCGCGUCCUCGGCUCCCGCCGAUCCAGCCGGGCGGCGCGGUUCCGAUCUGAUCCGGGCGGCGCGAUCCUGUCGGCUCCCUGGGGGUGAUUUCUGUGGCUGGGGGUUCGGAUUCAGGGGUGGUGGAUUUCCUGGUGAUGUUGGUUUCCCUGCCGUUGUUGUUUGGAUCCGUGUAUCGGAAGGUUCCCUUGGUCGAAUCCGAUUAGUAGACGUGCUUCUGUUGAGACCCGAUAUAAGGGCCGUGGGCUCUGAUUUUCUCCGGGGCUGAUCGUGCUCUCUUCAGUUUCGCGCCAAAGCAUAGAUUUUGGGGCGGUUUAGCUCGAGUUUUCUGGAGCCUUUUCGUGCUUCGAGGCGCCGAUCUGCGCGAGUUAGGGUUUCUGUCCCUUGAGAUUUUUGUCCUGAAGACGCAAGCGCGGAAUAUUUGGUUGCAAUAUCUCGACGGUGUUUGCCGUUUUUGUUAGAUAAGAUGACCACCUCUAAUAAGCCGCUCUCGUUGGCUGGGCCCGUGGAUGCUGAUAUCCAAAGGACGGCGGAGUUAAACAAAUUCCUGGUUGAAGCGGGCCUAUAUGAGAGUGCGCAUGAGUCUGCUAGGCGAGAGGAGGUGCUUGGGGAGCUUGACAAGAUUGUAAAAGAUUGGGUGAAGCAGUUAACUAGUCAGAGAGGAUAUACUGAUCAAAUGGUUGAAGAUGCAAAUGCUGUACUUUUCACCUUCGGAUCAUACCGGCUAGGGGUCCAUGGACCUGGGGCUGACGUUGAUACUUUAUGCGUUGGACCAUCAUAUGUGAACCGUGAGGAAGACUUCUUUAUUGUACUGCAUGACAUAUUAGCACAAACAGAGGAAGUGACUGAACUGCAACCUGUACCUGAUGCACAUGUCCCUGUUAUGAAAUUUAAGUUUCAUGGGAUAUCAAUAGACCUCCUUUAUGCCAGUGUUUCUCUCUUAGUGGUUCCAUCCGAUUUGGAUAUCUCUCAAGAAUCAGUGCUUUAUGACAUUGAUGAAGCAACUGUUCGCAGUCUUAAUGGCUGCAGAGUGGCGGACCAAAUUCUUAGGCUUGUUCCGAAUAUUGAGAACUUUCGAACAACACUAAGGUGUUUGAAGCACUGGGCAAAAAGAAGAGGUGUUUAUUCUAAUGUUACUGGCUUUCUUGGAGGGGUCAAUUGGGCUUUACUGGUUGCACGUGUCUGUCAGCUCUAUCCUAAUGCCGUGCCAAGUAUGCUGGUCUCAAGAUUCUUUAGAGUUUUUACCCAGUGGCGCUGGCCAAAUCCAGUUAUGCUUUGUGCCAUUGAGGAGGAGGAACUUGGCUUUCCUGUGUGGGAUCCGCGUAAAAAUCCUCGUGACAGAACGCAUCAUAUGCCUAUCAUCACCCCAGCAUACCCAUGCAUGAACUCUAGUUAUAAUGUUUCAACAAGCACACUGAGGGUUAUGAUAGAGCAAUUUCAGUUUGGCAAUAAAAUAUGCCAGGAAAUUGAGCUGAAUAAGGCUAAUUGGCCUGCCCUUUUCGAGUCUUUCCAAUUUUUCGAGGCAUAUAAAAAUUAUUUACAGGUUGACAUCAUCGCUGAGGAUGAUGAAGAUCUUAGACUUUGGAAGGGAUGGGUCGAGUCUCGAUUGAGGCAACUGACUUUAAAGAUUGAAAGGGACACUUACGGGAAGUUGCAAUGCCAUCCUUACCCAUAUGAAUACGCAGAUCCCUCCAGACAGUGUGCUCAUUGUGCUUUCUUCAUGGGCUUAUCACGGAAUGUGGGUGUGAAAAUUGAGGAAGGUCAACAGUUUGAUAUUCGUGGAACAGUUGAUGAGUUUAGGCACGAUAUCAACAUGUAUAUGUUCUGGAAGCCUGGGAUGGAGUUGGCUGUUUCUCAUGUCCGGAGGAAGGAGAUUCCGGCUUACGUGUUUCCAGAAGGAUACAGGAGACCUCGUCCUCAGAGACAUGUAAGCCAUCAGCAACAAUCUGAUAAAAAUGACACUGAAAAUGGCAACAUGACUGGAUCUCCAGAUGGUCAGCUCAAGAGGAAGCAUGAUUCAGCUGGGACUGAUGAUACUGAACCUUGCAGAUCUGUUAAGAGAGCUUCAGUCAGCCCUGUUCACCCAAAGCAUGAUUCACCUGGGACUGAUGAUACUGAACCUUGCAGAUCUGUGAAGAGGGCUUCAGUCAGCCCUGUUCACCCAACAACUUCAUCACCUAGCUCUGGGAACAUUAGUGAUGAGGCCACAUGCAACAACCAAAAGAAGAUGAGUUCUAAUGCAAGUGGUGGCAGUCAGAAUUCACAUGGCAGUGGCAACCUAGAACAAGCAAACUGCUCAGGUUCAUCUCCGGCAUCCGAGAAAAGCACGGAUUCUAUUGCAUCGGACUCCAAGUGUGUGAUAGGGGAAACUGUUUGUUCUGGCGAUGUGACAAACAAUCUUGUUACUUGUAUUUCACCUGUCAAUAACAGCACUCCAACUGUAGCAGUGUGUACAACUUUAAAGCGUGUUGCUGAGAAGGUUGUAUCGGAGCUUGUCGGAAGUGAAAGCUUGGGCGGCAACAAUCCGGAGUUGCUGGAGAUAGCAGAAAAGGACAUGGGAAGCGUCCUUGUUGAAAAUGUGCAUUUUGGUGGGAAUGGAGUUACUCAGAGUGGUCUGCAUGAGGAAUUAGAGCUCAUGCAGGUGUGAAUUCGGAUGGAUCUCAGAAGCCGUCAAUGAGGGUUAGUCUGACAUCAACAGCAUGAGGUUGGAGAACGGAGGGAAUGAAGGGUCUGGUGUCUCAGUUGGUAAGUUGCUCAACUCACAAACUUUCCUUUUCGACACAGAUCUGCAAGCAUCGGGGGGACUCUUGGAGGAAGAUGGUGGUAAAAUCAUGUCAGGCAAUGACAUGGCAAAAUCAACAUGGCAAAAUCAACAAAGUUUUUUUCAUCGAGUGACAUGAGAUGUUUGCCAACUCUAGAUCUGUGGGAUGUUCUUUUAUGGAGCUGAGCUUGUUGCGACUUCAGUUGUCAGUAUUGUCUGGAGUUGUGGCGUAGCUGGCUCUAAUGUAUGGACCAAAUGCCAGCAGUCUCCCUGGGUCGACCUGUUUGCUUCCCAAGGAUGCUCUGCUCUGCUGUAGGUCUAGACUAGAAAUAAAUGCGGUACGGUCGUCCUGUACUUCUCAAGCCCCCUUUGUACUCUUCCUCCGCAUGUAAUAUAAGAUUGGCAAGACAGUUAUUGUAUUCUGACGUGUGCUUGCUUUUUUCUC